AAACACCCGUCACUUCUCAAGUGGGCUAAAGUGUCUCUAACUACCGAACUCCAGCAGAUCAGUUGGUCAGUGUCGGGGUCCUCCACCAGGAUCCAGAGCUUGGUGAGGAACGCAGGCACCGUGUUAGCUCCGCUCAGGACGGCGAGCCCGGGUCCCAGGGCCGCGGCCACGGAUCCCGCUUCAACUUCCUCCAUCGAGACGAACAACGCGUACAAGACUGGCUCACUUCUGCUCGGGACAGUUUGGGGUGUACUCUGAUCCGGAUCAACAACAAGUAACUGCGCAAAGAGGUGACGGAAACUACGUCAUGCCAGAACGUCGCUAGAACGUUUGGUCACGGCGCAGAACUGACGUCACUGCCGCGGCGCACACGUGCUGAAACCAUGGCGGACGUGAAGUGCAGCGAGUCUCCCAACGAGAAAGUUUUGGGAGAGAGGAAGAGGAAAGCGAAUAAAAACGAGACGGAGAACACGCUUCUGGAGCGGAACCUGACCUUGAGCAGCGAUGAUGACGACGACGACGAGGAAAGUGUUUACUCUGGACUUGAGGACUCUGGGAGUGACAGUCUUACUGACGAAGACGGCGACAAAGAUGAGGAUGAUAAAGAGUCAGAUGAGGAAGGCGCAGAGCCGCCGCUCCCUGAUGAGUACCAGCAGGACUCCUCCGAUGAGGAGGACAUAAGGAACACAGUUGGGAACAUUCCCAUGGAGUGGUACAAAGACUUCCCCCACAUCGGCUAUGACUUGGACGGCAAACGGAUCCUCAAGCCGAUUCGUAAUAAGGAUGAGCUGGACGAGUUCCUGGAUAAGAUGGAGAACCCGGACUACUGGAAAACCGUCCACGACAAGACAACAGAAAGCGACAUCGUGCUGUCAGAUGAGCAGGUGGAGCUGGUGAAGCGGCUGCAGAGGGGGCAGUUUGGAGACGUCAACUUUAAUGAAUAUCAGCCCACCAUCGAGUUCUUCAGUGGAGAUGUGAUGAUCCACCCUGUCACCAACAGACCGGAAGACAAGCGCAGCUUCAUCCCUUCGCUCAUAGAAAAAGAAAAGGUCUCCAAGCUGGUUCAUGCCAUCAAGAUGGGAUGGAUCAAACCUCGGCGAGAGGAUUCAGACAGCAAAGACCGUUACUAUGAUCUGUGGGCGAACGAGGACUCUUCGAUUUUGGCCAAUCACCGCAUGCACCUGCCUGCGCCGAGAAUGCCUCUGCCAGGUCACAAUGAGUCCUACAACCCUCCACCUGAGUACCUGCUGACCGACGAGGAGCGUCUCCUGUGGGAGCAGCAAGACCCGGAGGACAGGAAGUUCCCCUUCCUGCCGAAGAGGUUCUCCAGCCUCCGCCACGUCCCGGCGUAUCCACGGUUCAUACAUGAGCGUUUCGAGCGCUGCCUCGACCUUUACCUGGCGCCCAGACAAAGGAAGAUGAGGGUCAAUGUGGACCCCGAAGACCUGAUCCCCAAACUGCCCCGACCCAGAGACCUCCAGCCAUUUCCCACCACACAGUCACUGGUGUACAAGGGUCACACUGGAAUGGUUCGCUCCAUCAGUGUGUCCCCAUCCGGCCAGUGGCUUGCUUCAGGAAGUGAUGACGGGACCGUGCGGCUCUGGGAGGUGUCCACCGCCCGCUGCAUGUGUGUGGUUAAAGUUGGUGGGACUGUCAAGUGUGUGGCCUGGAACCCGAACCCGUCUCUGUCAUUACUUGGUGUCGCAGUGAAUUCCGAAGUCUUGAUUUUGUUUCCCACUCUUGCUGACCGCCAAGUUCGCACGGCCACCGAGCAUGUUCUGACAGCUCCUGAAGACGCCGAGCCGUCGGAGGAGGCCCAGCCUGUGACCUGGACGGUGGCUGAGGGCGACGACCUCAUGCAGAACAUCCGCCUAAGGCUUGCACAUCCUAAAGCUGUGUCCAGGGUGACGUGGCAUCCGAAAGGAGACUAUUUUGCGACGGUGGUUCCGGACAGUUGCAGCCACCAGCAGGUCUUCCUGCACCAGCUCAGCCGCCAACGUACUCAGAACCCGUUCAGACGGAACCACGGCCUGGUCCAGUGCGUGGCCUUUCACCCAUUACGGCCCCACCUGCUGGUGGCCACGCAGCGCUGCAUCCGCAUCUACAACCUCCUCAAGCAAGAGUGCACCAAGAAGCUGCAGGCCAACGCCAAGUGGGUGUCCAGCCUGGCGGUCCACCCCACAGGUGAUCAUGUGAUCUGUGGGAGCUACGACUGCCGUCUCAGCUGGUUCGAUCUGGACUUGUCUACAACACCGUAUCGAAUGCUGAGGCACCACAAGAAGGCGGUGAGGGGCGUGGCCUACCACCGGCAAUACCCGCUUUUUGCUUCUGGAAGUGAUGACGGAACCGUCAUUGUCUGUCAUGGCACCGUUUACAACGACCUGCUCCAGAAUCCUCUCAUUGUUCCUGUCAAAGUCCUGCGAGGUCAUGUGACCACAGAGCAACUGGGCGUCAUGGACGUGACCUUUCAUCCCACGCAGCCGUGGCUCUUCUCGUCCGGCGCAGAUGCCACCAUUCGUCUCUACACCUAGCCGCAUAUCCUUGUUCACUGUCAAUAAAAUGUUUCUUUUAACGUGUUUAAGCGUCAACUUCUCGCAGGAAAGAUGCCGCUUGCGUGACUUGGAAUCUUUGAUGUUUGCAGAUGAACUUUUUUUGGUCAACUCAGCGUUUUAUAAAUUCUGUAGAUCAGGAAAGGAUGAAGUUGAAGUUUAUGAUGAGUGUUCAUGAGUUCAUGAGUGCAAAGUUCCAUCUUGUCAUACUGUUUUCUGUCGGUCAUCAGGCAAUCUAUAAUGUGUUUUUAAAUAAAUAUUGCAAUGG